AUGGCCUCAAGCACUCUUGUUUUCGAGCAAGAUGCGACUUUGGAAGGGAUAAAGGUUUGUUGUGUUCUACUCCCUCUUUGAAAUUGAAACUAAACCGCUUCAUAUACAAAACCUCAUUAGCUGGGCGAUAAUAUUUUAUCGCUGCGACAAAAUUAAAAUCUUUGAAAACAUCUCUGUUAGAAAUUCUUCUAAAGUUAGUUUUAAUCUUACUGGACAGCUCGCUGGUUUUUUUUAGCGCCCGCGCGCUUUGUUUUGCUUGAUUGCGAAAUGCUGGACCGGUUUUCUUCGAUUCCCGAUAUUGUAUUAAUUGCUUCGACUGUUUGACCUCUCUGCCAUCGUUAUACGGUAUUUAUAUGCCUUCAAAAGAAGCUUGUGUAUCGUGGAAAACGUGUAUGAUAGUCAUCACUUCUUUAAGGUCAUCUUAACUGAACUGGAACGUUAACAGUACAUGUUUUUCAUCACAUGUUGCGAUCGACGUACCUACGUGAAAGUGCGGCCUCCCUCAGUUGUUAAGCCCGUGUGUUACUUAUGGCUAACCCUAUCCCGAUCGGUAGCUUAUUUAACUGAAUUAAGACAACUCCAAAUUCGGUUCCAAAAAUUUGUAGCAAAAAUUGGGUUUUACUUUAAAAGAGCGAGGUGGUUAUAAAUGAUUUCUUCAAAAAAUUAUGUUCAGAGGUUUGACUUUAUGCUCGAAGUAAAAGCGCGCGGAUUAGUUUUGUGCAAGCAGACUUGUUCUUAGGUUGUUGUAAAGCUUCGAUUAUUUUUCUUCAUACAAAAGAGGUCAAGUUUUAGAUUAGGUUGAUGAUAAAAUGAUAACGUUACGCUCGGGAGCUACAAUGUAGCCUAGCCACGCUAAUAAUUAUUCUCUCCUUAGUCUGUAUUGUGUUUUUCGACUUGUCACUUUAUUGCUAUGGUAAAUGUUUACACUGUCACCAGGGUUAUGUUUUUGGUUGUCAAAACACGUAAAUCGUCCGUAUUUGAUGUGAAUUUCAGAGAGUUUUAAUUUCAACGUCACUCUUCUAUCUAACAUUUCUUUCUAUCUAAUGUUGAAAUUGAAAUACGUUCUUUUUAUCUCUCCAUUGAAUCUGUCUUUCACGACCCACAACAUUUGACAGGUCUAGAAGCCCAAGUGUUUUUUUGCGCCGUAGAUUGCGUUUAAAGAGUCUAAAGUGAUCAAAACGUUUGUUGAAAAUUGCUGCGAGCUGUCACUCUCCGUAAACUAAACUAAUUAAAUGUUUAUUUGUGAAAUAAUAGUAUCCUCUAAAAAUCUCUGCAACUUGACAAAUGUGUUUGCUUUGUUUGCUUUUCUUUGUUGCCUUAUGGUGUGCUUUACAAAGUGCAAAAUGUGAGCAAAACACCAUGAAAAGCAUUUAAUAAAUAUUACAUCAGCAGUGAAUAGUAUUACUUUAAUUGAUUUAUUGUUGAGUUUUUUGGUUUUGCUUUUAAAGAAUGUUAUUUUCAAGUUUAAACAUCUGUACAGUGCUUUCACUUCAAUAGUGUCAUAUGUCCUGUGAAACUUCUGAUAGAGCGAGAGGACAGAACUAGCAGUUUCCCAUUCUCAAGAAAAAAGGCGGAGUUUGCCCAAAAAUGAACCUUAAGUUUUCAAGAAAGGACAAGUAGCUCAACAAUGGCUAAGAGGCUGUUCAACUGCAAAAAGUUUUUUGAUUAAGCAUGUUUUUUCAAAAAGUCUUUGCUACCUUUCUUUAACGUGUACAGUGGAAUUCCAUUUUUUUAAACCUCCUUGGAAUGGAAGUAAUUGAUUUGAAAAAUUACAGAUCUUUAGGAGUAAAGUUACAGUGUUGGUAGGAGAAGGAAUUUUUCAGUUUUUGUAUAAUGUAUCGAGGCUUGAAAAAUUGUAAACAUGAAGGAAGUGAACACAGAGCAAAAAUGUUUUGUAUGAAUAAUUACAGUGUCCUUUAAAAACAGUGUUGUAAAGAUGUUUUUUUUAAUGGAAAUCACAGAUGUAUUGAGCCACACUGAAAAAAAUGUAAAACUGAAUAAAUUUGUGAAUUUUCGUAACAUAUCAUUUAUGUCAUAUAUAUAUAUAUAAUUUGUUGAUGUGUUUUUUUAAUCUCUCUCAGGAAAAACUGCAGCAAGAGCAAUCUGUUACCAAACUGGUACUGAGACACUGCAAUGCUGUUUCAUCAAGUGAUCUGCAAGUUCUUUUGGAACAUAUAAACCCAGAUCUUGAUGUUCUGUCUGUUCAUAACUGUCAAUCAUUUGAUGAUGAUUUUGCUGGCAGGAUAUCAGAGCACUGCUCAAAACUCACAAGCAUUUCGUUUACUGGGAACUGUGGGAUGCUUUCAGCCACAGGAAUAUCUUUAUUUGUGAAGAACUGCAAGAGUCUGAAACAUGUAACAAUAAUGUCAACUGAUUGUGAUGACUUGGUAGUGGAUGAAGAUGACAACAAGGAUGAUAAUGAUAGUAACAACAAAAGCUGGCUUCUUAAUGAUGAUAUUUUUGCUUUAUUUCUUGAGAGAACAGACUUGCAACUCGAGCACUUUGCUCUUUGUGGCUUUGAAGAUAUAACAUCAACUGGUUUAAAACAGUUCUUAGCUCACGUUUCAUCAAAUCUAAAGUCUCUGGAUGUUAGUGAACUUUCUGCUGUUAAUGAUAACACAGUUGAAGGAUUGAAUGAUGUAUGUUCAAAUUUAACAGAUGUGUCAUUUAGUCACUGUAAGCUCACUGAUGAAGGUGUUCAAAUAUUUUGCUCAAAAUGCAAGAUGCUUCAAUCUAUUAACCUUAGUGGCUGUCAAGAUAUUUCUGAUGAUUCAAUUGUUGCUCUUUCAUCAAACUGUUCUUUUUUGAAAAGAGUAGAACUUGGAUGGUGCAUUAACUUGACUGAAAAGUCGUUAUGGGCUUUGAUAAAGAACUGUAGUAAUUUGACAUAUGUUGACAUGUCACAAUGUGCAAUAAAGCACUUACCUUUUGAAAUAUUGGAUCAUCCAUCACUUCAGGAACUGAAAUUAAACGGUUGCACAUCACUCAGGCUCCCUCCAUUACAGACUGUUACCAAAGGACUUGAAUCUUGUCGUGAAUUUCUCAAGAAAUGCAACCUGCAGUCUUUAUGCCGAAUGACUUUCCUCGGUAAUCAAGGUAGUGGAAAAACAAGUUUAAUGUCAAGCCUUCCCACAAUGGUUCAAUCUAUUGCAGACACAUCAACUGAAGGGGUACAUGUGUCUUCCUGGAAACCAUUCAAGAGUGGGAAAGGUAAGCCUCACUUUACAGCAUGGGAUAACCAUCAAAAUAAUAUAGUGCCAAUUAAUAUGAGGGUGACUAAUCCAAUAUUAAAUUCAAGCAGUAGAGCACAAAUAACACUCAAAAUGAGUACAAAUAUCUCAUGGUAUUUGUACCUCAGAGGACUGGUUUUGACUGGUUUUCUUCAAACAUCUCACAUGUAUGGGGUGUCUUGAAAACAAAGACCCCUAAGACCCCUAAGACUUAGCUAGGGGUCUUUGUUUUUAAGACACCUCACGUGUAUGGCAGAAUAACAACUUAUACAAAUACAAGUGAGAAGAUGAAAGCAGACCUGAAGUAAACAACAUCCAUAAAUACUGUACAGUCCCUGCAGAGGAACUGAUCACUUUAAAUCACUUCUAGUUUGGCUUUAUAAGCAAAGUUUGAGGAAACUCAAGGUGGUAGACUCUAAAAGCUCUCUAAAGACUUUUUGAGAGGAUUAAUCCCAGUGAAGUUGAGGCUUCAAGUCCUUUGUUUACAAGUAGCUCUGUAAAGCUCCUUGAAUUGGGAGAUUUUUCUUCUUUGCAUUGCAAUUUGUUCUGCUCAUUUUUUUCUACUUAGUAGAAACCAUGAUAAGCCUCACAAUUUAUUUGUCAUUCUGUCUCUGUUUUACUGGCAAGACAUGAAAGGUAGAACCUCAAAGCGCUGAUGAUAACCAAAAAAAUUUAUUUACUGAGUAAACCAGUUUGACAAGUUUUCCUUUCUGACCAAUCAGCAAUGAUGUUGCACCCCACACAUGAAAGCUACAAAGGAGUCACGUUAGUCUGUCAUGCAUUUUUGUUAUAUGGGCUCACCAAAAUACAGUGUGAAUUGAAAAAUAUCCCACAACACACUAAACCAUUCAGUAAGAUAUUUUAUUCUCUUUUAUGCUGAAUUGAAAGUUUUCAAUAGAAUCUGCGCAACUGUGUAGUGGUGUAAUAUGCAGUGGAAUAAUUCAUCCUAAAGGGUGGACAAGUAUUUGAUCCCUGCAAUAAAAAAUAUUGUAUAUUAAUUGCGUAUCACUGGCACAAUUUUGUCUCUCACUGUGUAAUGAGCUUGUGUAAAUAUGAUGGGUAUUGUAUAUUAAAUGGGUAUCACUGCCACAAUUUUGUUCUUCGCUGUGUAAUGAGCUUGUUUAGCAAGGAAUAGCAUUGUCUCUCCUAGUUCCUUCAUACUCUAGAGAAUGGGUUGAGAUUCCACUCACUGUAGGACAGCUGUGUUAUGUCUGACCUUACUGUACCCUCCUUGAGUGCCAGAGAACAUAGUUUUAUCAAAAAUUGUAUCAUUCUUACCCACUUUAAGCACUCAUUUAUUUUUUAAAAAUUUAGAGUCUAUUGACCUUGGAACAGAUGUGAAUGAAAAGAUGCUGUCACUUACAGUUGAGAUGUGGGACUGUGGAGGAAGAGCAGUAAGUCCUUUUUUGAUCCAGUUCAAAUAUUUAAAUGAAAUAUUAAUCCUAACUGAUAAUAUUGUGGAAGACUUUCUAAUAGACUUGUAGUUAUUGAUAGUAGACUGCUUGGACUGAUGUGAAGGAACCAGUAUUGUAGUACUGUAAGUAGAAUUCAGGAAAGUUUUCUUAUCAUUUUUUUUGCAGUGCCUUCAGGGUGUCCAUCCAUUGUUCUUGAGUGAACAUUCAGUGUAUGUCAUUGUAUUUGAUGUCCAUGAUCCAUUCAAGAUUGAGUCGGUCUUACGAUGGAUGCUUCUUAUGAGGUCAAAGGCAAGUGACUCAAAUUAUGUACAAAUUUAAAUAAAGGCUUUAUUUUAAACACUCAGACAGUUUGGGUUGGUAAUCCAGCAGCUCAUUUGAUAAAAACUAAAAACAUACAAGGCUGUGCUGUCAGAAAAAUUAAAGGGAUUCCAGUUCUCUAAGCCUGUGAAUUCCAGGGAGUCCAGUAUAGGAUUUCUAUGAGAAAAGGUAAGAUUUCUGGUUGCCUGGUAACAAAAGUUAGGUGCUAGGGCCCUGCACUGAGCACUGCUAGAGCACAGCCUUGACAUAUUUCCAUACAUUGUAAAUGACCUUUUCUGCGCCUCUUACUUCAUACUAUGGCUGUGCUACUGUGCUGUCUUGAUGACCUUCCUACCCCUUAAUCCUAUUACCUUCCUACUCAGUGCUCUGUUCUAACACCCAUGCCUUGUGCCUCUGCCACUGCUUUAUCUUAGAACACUUUGUAACUUUUUCUUUCCACUGGGCUAUCCUGCUGCUCUUUCCCAGCAGUGAAGGCUCUUACUGACCUUUUUCUAUUGCCCUAUCCCGUUGCUCCACAUACUGCCGUGUUCCAUUAUCCCUCACCACCACCCAUUCUCCUACCCCAUGCCACUGCCCUGUCCCACACCAUAUCCAAUUAUCCUGCUCUAUCGCUGUGCUGCACCCUAUGUCCCCCUACCCUUCCACUGCCCCACGUGACAAUUUCACCACUAUGACAUCUUUCAGAGAAAAAGCAAAUUAGAGCAUGAACUCAGGAAUUUGUAUUGACUUAAUUCUGGAAUAGGAUAUAUGCAGAAUAAUCCUGAACAUGAUUGUUUGAUUGACCUGCUUUUCCAGUUCUGGAAUAAGAAAAUGUAUGUAUAUUCCAAACAGUCAUUUCCAAGGUCAAGUGGAGCGGAAUGCUUGGAAUAAUUAGGAAUAAAGAUAUCAUUUUACUUGCUUUUGGUUUUCUUUAAAUUUACUUAAUAAAGGCAAUGGUGACAACAAAACGACUUUUAAAUGAGGAAGAUGACAUUCUCCUCACUAAAGGUUACCUCUAAAUUAAGAACCUAGGUUAUGCCAUUUUAUAUACUUCAAAACACUAUUAACAUUGUGCUGAUAUAUUUUCCAGGCACCUGCUUCUCCAUUUGUUGUAGUAGGAACACAUGCUGACAAUGCUGAUGACUGGAGUCCACUUGGAAAUGAGGUUCUUGGGGCACUUAAAAAAGCUGAUUCAAAUCAGAGACAGGAAAUCCAAACUGAAAUAAACAUGUUGAGGUAGGAUGACUGGAAAGGACAAUCAGUGAUCAAUCUUUCUCAUUUUAAUUCCCUGUUUGUUCGACAUUACAUGAUCUUGUUAACAUACAACGUAAGCCUGACCUAUGGGAAAUAUUUUAAUUAUCUUAUAGCAACAGGUUAAUUUAGCGAAUUUGAAAAAUCUUUAUUUAGCGGCACUUUGAUUUAGGGGUUUUUCUCAAGUUUUGGAACAUAAGUCACUAAAUUUUUGCAAUUUCAUGAACUGACACUUCAGUGAAUAAGGUAAUCAAAACUUUUACGACGUCAAUAGAACAUUUAUGUUAGUAAUAAAAAUCAUAUGAUUUUAUUACUUAGGUACUUCUCAUUGAUAUUGUGUUAAGUAAUUUCUGCAAUCAAUAUGACUUGUCUUCCACCAGAGGUUUGUGGCAAGACAAAUGCAUAGAAUUAAGAAUCAACACACUAGAGAACCUGGUAAAACACUGGUCCAGCUUGCCACAGCAAGUGCACUUUGUAAGCACUCUGAAAGGAAAGGUAACUUAAUCCAUUGAUUUCUUCACUAUUAAUAGUUUCUUUUAACAAUUAUGAACGUGUUGCUGAGCCAUGUAGAACCACUUGUGAAAUCCACUGGGUGACCAGCAAAGGGUUUUCUUUGAAAAACAUCAUCUUUUCAAGUCUCCUUUGUGAAAAAGUUUUGGGCCAGUGGCCUGCACCGGGCACUGCUGGAGCUCAGUCUUGUCUGAAGAUAGGCCUGCUUGCUAAAGUAUUCUAGUUCACCCCUAUAAUACCAGCAUUUCAAAUAAAAUCUACUUAUUUCCUGCAGGAACAAACUUAGACUUUUUGGUAUAAGAUUUCAGGGUGCAAAAUUUUUCAUUCACUAAAUCACAACAUGCAGUAUAUAAAGUGCUGCUGCUGGUAUCUCUCUUUUUAAAUCUAGAUUGAAAACAAUAAUUAUUAUUACAACUCCUUAGCUGAUUCUCCGCUUGUAAAGAAUACUUGUUUUUUUGCUGCUUUUUGUCUCUUUAGUGUGUUUUGUUUUGCUUGCUUUUUAUCCUAACUUGCAUUUCAACAUGAUUUUGCCCCAUGUUUGUUAUAUUUAUUGUCUUAGGUUAGGUGGGAGCUCAUGUAAUAAGCCAGGGCCGGGUUGUUCAAAGUUGGGUUAAGAUAACCCGGGGUUAGUGCAAAAUUUGAAUUCAGGUUUGAAAGCUUAAAAAGCAAAUUCAGUUUUAUUCUUCCCAUCAACAGGUUAGCGAUUGCAUACUCUUAAAAAUAACAGAGAAAAUUAUCCAAGAAAAUGCUUCUGAAGAAAGAAAAAGAAAGCCGGGUUAAAUUUAACCCUGGGUUAAGCGCUAAUCGGCCUUCGAACAACUGGGCCCAGGGCUACACUCCCUCGUCAGAAAAAUACCUCUGAUUCUUCCACUCAUGCAACUUACAUCACUUUUCACCUUGAACUAUCGCUUUUCUUGGUAGGCAGUUCAUACAUAAUUGUCUCUUGUUUAAACCUCUCUACGCAUACAAUGACAACGGCCACUAAAGCUCAUCCCCAAAUGCCAAAAUCACCUCUCAAAAAUGGCCAGUUUUUUCAGCAACUGAUGAAAAAGUCAAUAAUGGACAUGAAAUUUGAUCAUAUGGCGUGUUGAUUGUUAAUCGCAGGAAUCAUAAUUAUUUUGAUUGUGUACCAUUUAUACUGCUGCAGUGAGCAUAAAUUAUUUCAAUACUUAUGGCGAAUGUUGUGAACCUUUCUCGUUUUGUCCUGUUUACAUUUUGAUUCAAAACAUUUUAAACAGUCAAGUUUUUUGUGUAUUUUAUCUCUAUACAAGUCUUAUUUAUGAUUGAUUACCAUUAUGAGAUAAUACAGUAAGCACAAACUUAGCACAAGAAACAUGUUAUGUACCCUUCAAAAAAUUGUCAAAUUAUCCCCCUAGCUCCCCAUAACAGCCACCUCUCCGCAACCUCCACUUUCUUCUGUCCGCAACUGGUGACCGUUGUGGAGAGUGUCGACUGUAUAUUUUUUCUGGCACUUUUGAAAUUGAAACUGAACUGAAACUGAUCUUUGUUCCAUUCCCACUUUUUGCCUUUUUAGUUAGCUAUUUUAAAUAACACUCAUACUACUUUUUUUCUCUCACAUUUAGAGACAUCAUAGUCGAUAACAUCACAGCUUAACUAACAGACAACCAUAACAUCGCAACUUUUAAGUUAAAAUUGACAAUAUGUCAUGAUAACCAGAGUUUAAUAACAUUUACUGUCAUGAUACAACUCACUUGACACUGAAGAUGACUAUACCAUCACAACUUGUGGAAAAGUCAGUUAUUGUCAAUGACUUGAGUCCUAUAUUCAGGACUACACUCACCUGGCGCACAGAUGAUCAUAUUCCAGCUACUUACUAUUUUUUCUCCUUUGCAGGGUAUGACGGAGCUGCAACAUACUGUCACUCAAACGUUAAUGGAUUCAACAUUAUUCCCUCACUUAACAGAAGACAUUAGCCAAGCUAUAAUAUACCUUCAUUGUGAAAUCCUGCUGUUACGUGAGAACAAUACAAUGCUGUUGUCUUGGGAUCAGUACGUAGGAUUGGCAUCAGAUGCAGGAAUUACAGAUGAUGCUGUUAUGAAAGCAACAGCAGUUUUAGAGUGUAAGGUAAGGUUAACACCUGAGUUGCUCUCAUCUAAUUCCCAUUCAGGAGUUUCAAUAAAAACUGAAGUAGCUAGCAGGUUAAAGUAACCGCUUGUAUCAAUAAGGGGAUGUAAGUAUCCUUUCCCUAGGGGGUUCAGAAAAAUUUGAUUCUAGCUAUCUAGGGACUAAAUGGUUUAAAAAAGAACAUGACUGUAUUUCAUUAAAGAAAAUGUUGCUUUCAUUUAAGGUUCAAUGAACAAAUGACAUUAAUUAAAUUAUGUACAUUUGGAUGUGAACAAAUUUUGUGUAAACCUAUAAAAAUGGUGACAAAUUGACUGAAAUAGAGUUCAUGUAACUAAAGCAUCACAAAUCCAGUGGGUAUUUUUUGGGCCGGAUUUUGUGAAAUUUUUUCUUUUUUGCAACUUGUAAAACUAGUUGCCUCUUCUUUCAGGAAAAAUAGCUGACUUCUCUGGGCAAAGUAACUCACUGUAGAAGACAUGUUUCCUUGGUUGUCAUGCAGUGGUUAUUGAGACCCAUGCUCAUUAGCAAAAUGAAAUUCACACUUUACUGACAUGUGCAGUUCCAGAAAUAUGCUUGCUUUAAGUAUUGAUAAUAUUGUUCAUAAUGUGUGGCUUUUGCAGGGUUGUAUUGUGGUCUUUAACAUUCCCACAUCUUACCAGAACCAAGGCCCUUCCAGGACUGUUUGUGUGAACCCUAGUGCUCUCUUGAACUGCAUAGCAGGGGUCCUUUGUGAGACAGAUCCCCGUGAAUAUGUCCCUCAGUUUGUUAAGGCUGGUAAAGUGGAGAGGUUCUGGCCCACAGGUGCAAAACCCAAUGAAUGGACUUUGAGAGCAGCCAUUGAUGACAUUGUGAGCAAAGGAUUCGUGCGAGAGUCUGUUGUGCCACUAUGUUUUCAGGUAAAAUUUGUUAGAAUUUUUUUCUCACCUUGUUUUCCGUCAUCUUCCUUUUGAAAUGUAGUAAAUAACCUGCUUUUCAUGCUGCCAAAAAGCUCACCAGUUGGUAAAUUUUCCUUGAAGACAAAUCACUGUGAGUUAAACACGGCAUUGAUUCAUCAUUAGAUUCCCACACUUCUUGAUGAAGCAGAGCUACAGAAUGUGAUCAGUUUGUUCAGAAGCCUGGGUUUCCUGGUGGAAGGUGCUCCGAAGGGGAACUAUGAUGUUGAACUAGUGAUGUCGCAGUACAAAACUUGUUCAGUGUUCAAAAGGUACUACCUCCCGCUCAUGCCCAAGCUACCUACAGAUCCAAAGGUGAUUAGACUGAAUCAAUUUAAUUUUAGAAUUUAAUUUGUUAGAAAGAAUAGUACUCUGAAUAAGGCUGAAGAAAAAAAUUGUUCAUACCUUUAGAUUUUUACCUAUUCUAAAAACUAACAACUUCUUGUUUUUGUCAGGCAAAUGUGAAUGAUUACUUUUGUAAAAAAGUGUUGAAGUUCAAAACAAUCUUUAGGUUAAAAUGAUUUUUUGUUUGUCUUCUGUAGCUCUAAUCAUUUUAUUCAGUUUCUUUUGACUCCUUCCUCUAAUUAAUAGUUAAGGUUAGGCAGGGAUGUGGAUAGCUAAGGAAAAGCUAAGGAAGCUUUUUUAUUAAGUGUAUCUUGAAAUGUGCUUUGCUUUCUAAAGAAUUACAGAUGUAGGUACGGACUUGCCUCCCAUUAAGAUGUGUGUGCAUACAAAGAAGUCUUGUUGGAUAUUUUGUAAUACACCAGUUGAAAGUCUUGCCUAAAUAGCAUGCAUAUAAUGUGUUUUACGUUAGGAUGAAACUGUAUGGCCCAGUUCCCUCCCAGAAGGUCACAUCCAGGUGGGAUGGCGUUACAAUUUCCACGAUCACGUGACUGUUGACGGUAUAGCACCACUGUUAAUAGGUGCAUGCACCAACUUGAAGCCUUCCUGUGAAAUUCUCUCAUACUGGAACUCUGGUGCCAUUUUGAAAGUUGGUCCUGUGACUGUGAAGAUAUCACGUGAUAAUACUACCCUGGAUGUGAUUGGUCGGUGUAAGAUCACAGACGGAAGUAAGCAGGCCCUUAUCAUGACAUGGAUCGUUUUGGCCAAGUAUUUCCAUGUGAAUGAAACUUUACUGAUGAAUUAUAAGGGGAUGUGUCCGGAGGUGAGAAAAAUGUGUUAAUCUGGGACCUGAGACUGGAAAACAGCGAUCUAUCAACAGCUACCUCUUUAAGACAGAUACUGUAUAAUAUUUCCUUGAAUAAUAGCCGGGGGUGAAUAAUUCUUUUUUUGACCCAAAAGGGGGCGAUUACUCAAAGGAGGGGAUUAUUUCAAAUAUUGCUUAACAGAAGUCAUGCCCUAAAUAUUUUGUUCUAAUCACAUCAAAUAUACUGAACAUUGACAUUUAAAGUGUUCCAAAUUUGGUUCCUUGAUUAAUUUUCAAUGUCAAUGUCAUCGGUUUCAGAGCUUGAAUCGUCACUGAUCAGUUUUGCUGGAUCAAACUCCACUUUAGCUUCAUCUUGCAAGUUUACCACUGUGGGUAUCCCUAGUGGGUAACCUAUAUGGGUGGGGGGUGACUAUUUGAGGGAGGUGAUUAUUUUGAGCAUUUCCAUCAAAGGGGAAUGAUUAUUCAAGGGAGGCAAUUAAUCAAGGGACAGCUAUUAUUCGAGGAAAUACGGUACCUUGCUAAGACAGACAGCUAGAGUUGGUCCCUGGCUUUCUUUACUUCUUCUAUUUGAUUCUCCGGUAAGAUGAACAUCUCUUUAGACAGAUGCUUAGUGUCAGUCCCAAGGUGUUUGCCUUAGGGAGCGUUGACUGAACUGUAGCUUAAUGUUCCAUGAGAUAGUGUGAAGUCAGACGAGGUGGUUUAGGACAUUUGAAACCGUUAACAAAAACAUAUUUUACUCAAAUACAUGUAGUUCAGGUAAAAAUGAACUAAUGCCGUGAUUAGAACUAUCAACAUUUCGGUUGUAGAACUCCAAUACCUCUUGCAGUUGUUUUAUUAUUGUCAUGUGUAAAGUCCUUGUGUUGUUUUCAGAAGUUCAUGGGUGAUCAUCCUAUGUAUAAUUGUCACUUGUAGUUGCUCAACAAUGUCUGCUAUGCAAUGCUAUGUCGGCUAAUGUUUUUUUAACUGUCACUUUCAACAGAUCACUGUGCCAAUCGUUGGCUGCAACCGACCCAAGCACAAACCACUUCAUGAGUUAGUGAGUGAAUACAAUUCACAAGUGAAACAUCACACAAACUAUUGCUGGUUUAUACCGCCUGCAGGUGAGACAAACAAUCUGGCUGUGUUUGAACCUUGUGUAGAUGUUUACUUAUAAGAAUCUGAAGAUCUCUAUAUUAGCAAUUAAAGGGAGAAUUGAUUGGAAGGAGACUGCAGCUCUGUUAGCUGUAUUUUAUGACUGGGAAGGAACAACAAUAUUCCCAGAUGCACUAUCAAUUUUUUAUUUUUUCGUUCCUUUUUUUUCCUUUUUGUUCCCAGCUUUGGAUACUGAUGAACACAUUGAAAUUCCAGAAGACACAAUCAGUUGGCUGGCUGGUAUUGCCUGUAAGUAUUUUUACCUUACCUAAUGCGUUAAUUUGUGACAUUGACGCUUUACGCAGGUUUCCAUUUUUUGUGAUAACUCUGUUUGACUGUGAGUGAGUAGGUCUUUCUAAACAUUACCUAAUUUAUGGGCAAAACCCCAGUCCUUUCCAACUUGUUUCUUCUUCGGUGGAAUUCUGUUGGUCUUGCUUUCAUGCUUUUAAAUUUGGGAGUAACUGCACAAUACCCGGCCAUUUGUAGCUAUACCCCUAAAACAGUGGCUACGUGGCUACGCGGCUUUGUAAGAGACUGGCACUGUUUUAGGGGUAUACUGGCUGGGUAUUCUAGCAGGUGAGCCUAAAUUUGAAAUUGAAGUACAGGCCUUUAUCAGAUAUAAUUUCUUCUAAGUAGAACCAUGCUGCAUUUUUUGUGACUUAUUGUUGAUCCUCAAAUGCAGCGCAUAUCACUUCCAGGCGAGUUACAACUCGAUGCCAAAGUUAGUUUAUGUAUGACUCAUGCUUGUAAUAUUUUCCCUAGGUAAAUCCAUGUUAUACGUUAGUUAUCACCCCGACCAACAGCACGAGGUCAAGCUUCUGAAGCAGUUUCUGGACUUGGCCGGGUUUGACUGCCUUGGGGAUUGGGCACUAGCUGGUAAAACAGGACCAGAACUGAUUGAAACACGUCGCAAGCAAAUCGCGGGCUCAUCGCUAUUCCUUGCCUUUGUCACACCGCAGUAAGUAAACAUUGAACUUAGUUAUGGUAUAUUCAACCUACAGAAUCUAGCCUGCGAAUACAGUCGUCUCUCCUCGCUCCUACUACCGCAGAAACGAGUUGUUUGGAGGAAGAUCAGUGCGGCAAAUCCCAGCGUAGCUGUAAAUAAAACAUAUGAGUUGUUUUGUUGACUAGCCCUGGACUUGCGUUAAUCACCUUUGAUUGGACCAUCAUUGCUGUGCUGUGAUUGGUUGGAUGUAUGUAAUGCACUUUGCUUCUUGGCUGUUGGUUUCAGAUUGAAUAUUUUUCCCCUGGUUGCCAGAAAUUUUUUAUGCGUGUUUCCAGAUUUCGUCAAGUCCUUCCGGGGGGCACGCAACGACUUUUUUCUUACUAGGAGAAGCAAAUAUUGGCUAGAAAUUUCUAAGGCUCAAGAAAGGCUAAAAAUGUCUGAACUAUUCCACUCGUCUAAGAGUACGCAGAGUUUGUGUAUUAAAUUGACUGCGAUUUUCAGAGGUUGGGUUUUUCACAUUUUAUUACUACGAUAUUGCGAUAAUUGAAAGGAAAAAAGGAAAAAAUUCCCCUAGAAUCUUCUAAUGAAUGUUCAGCUACUCUAUGUACUGAAACUUUCGAACGGAACCAUCAGGGUAAUAGCCAACAGUUUCGAAUGAGACGGCCAAACUCCCCCCAAAAACGUCCGAACAGAUAAAUGAGUUUAAGGCCAGCUCCAAGUUAAUUAUCUUAUCAGGCUUUUAAAAAGCAUGCAGAAAACCAUUUGAGAGACUUCUCACGUAUUUGAAACUUUCAGUCGUUUCCUAGGGUGCGUGCCCCUGUUUAUAGUAACCCGCGCGUGAAAAGUAUUCUCGCGCGGGCUCGUACCGAACCAUCCAAUCGCAAGCGAGAAAAAAAAAAUCCUCAGGUACCCAGGGUAGAAUAUUUCGCUGUGACAUUUCUUCAUGAUAUAAUAAAAAAGGCGUCCUUUGAGUCCUGCAGGUGUACAAACAGACGGUAUAAGGAAACAAUUCUAGUUUGUUUUUCUUGCGUUAUGCGUAAAAAAGCUUAGAAAUCUUUACGUGCCAGUUGUCAUUAAAACUCUGCCAUUUGCAAACAUUUCUUUUGAUGAUACUUCUGUCCUUUUUAGUGGUCAAGAUAUCGAUUUAAAUGAAAGCUGCUGUCUGAGACGUAUUUUCCAAUGGUACUGUUGAUUAUGCUGUUCAAGGUGGUUUAAAUUUUGAGUCUUUGAAUGAAAUCCUUGAGUGUCAUCGUUCAUAUGAAAGCUACUGAGCAGUACUUUAACUUGGGAUGGCGCUUUUUUUUUCUUCAGUAUUUUAAAAAAUUGAAAUUUAAGAUAUUCUUGAAUGUUUUUCUUUCCACUGUCUAAGAAAUAUAUGAAACCCAGGUAGACUACGUCGAAAACAUGUCGGCAGCAUUAGAAAACAGUCGGCUUUACUUAAAGUUCUCAUGAUUACUAAUUCAAACUCUGAUGACUGCAAAAAAAUGCUUUUUGGCGAAACAGAGUACUUUUACCAGCGCAUUCCUAACAUCUAAGGUUCACUUUUGAACUUAAAAUAUUUUCAACUUUUAAUCGACACAUCUGAAAAAUUAUAGUGAGGGCGUAUAUUUUGUACGUGCUUUUAUGGCUGUUGUUAGACCUUUAAAAGAGAUAAGCAUUGUCAAAUUUGUCGUCUAAGUCAUCUUCUUUGUUGGACGUAAUAGCAGUUAUUUUUAUGCAAAUAAUUGUUUCUUGGCCGAAGUGUAAACACGUAAAAGUGCAUUAAACCUCCUCUGACAAAACGUUUGUAGUCGUGACAACAGUGAACACUCGAACAACAUGCUUUUAUUGAAUAAUACUUCAUCAGGAUCAUAAUUGGAUAAAGGUACAUUUAUUCUUAUUACUGUUCUUUUCAGCAUUUUUUAUUUUACAGAAACCCUCUAACGUCCGUUUUCUGACUGAAAUCUGGUGUCGAACCAAUUUUUCAUCUAUUGUUUGUUACUUAGAUGGUUCUAAAAGUUUAUAUUUUGACCUUAAAUUGUCGAAUUGUUUCUUACCUCCGUUCAGACGAAACAAACUAAAAAUGGUUCGCUAAAAAACUGGCCAAGAUCGGAAAAUCCAUCGAUGAAUCAAUGACAAGAGUAACGACCGUCUUAAACUGCGCUUUUCGGAGUCAAAGGGAUGUUUUAGUUGAAUUUUUUCUUUCGAGUUGUUCUCCGACGCAGUCUUUUAUUCGCCGUAAAGGUAAAAUUUUACUGACUGACUGACGCAGUUAAAAGUGAUGCAGUAACCGCGCGUGGACACGUAUGAAGCGUACUGUACAGUACCGCUUAUCACCAGCUUUCACCAAGUUCAAUAUGUAAAUUUUUAAUUUCUCAAAUGUUAAUUUUUUAAAGGGCUAACAGCGUCUCGCUGUAACCGCUACAACAUGUGCUGUAUGAAAAACUUUUAUUGUUCUAGGCGAGAAUUUUUCCGAGUUUCAAAGGUUGUGGCGUGAGCUUUGGGUUUUCUAAAAAAUAAUGUUUCGACUGCAAGAAACGUUUGCUGUUAAAAAAGAUCUGUAUCGCGAGUUCUGGUCUUAAAUUCCUUUUUAUAAAAUUUUAUUUCUUCUUUGAACUGGAUGAGAGACAGGAUGUAGUAAAAUAAAACAAAAUUGUUGAAGAUGAUUCACACUAUCCUCUUUAAAUGAGAUCGUUUAUGUAAACGUAACUUGCACGUUGCUACGGCAACCGCGAUUUAAAAAGUCUGUUUAGGCAGGUUGUCGCGGGCCGGCAGAAAAUUCAGUGUCCUAGUGUCAUACAAGCCGUAGGAAUAUCUAUUUAUUUGCUUUUCAAAAGCAAAUAUUCAUCAUUUGCAAUUUUAGAAAUUUUACAGUUGCUGACGGUUGGUAAUACAAUUCGUAGGCUUCCCAUAGUUUGGUUUCCUGCCAAUUUAUUACUGCUUUUGUCACUGCUUUUGAAGUCAGAGCAUGAAAACUUUGAAACCAACAUGUCUCUCGAUUCGCACACGAGUAUUAACUCUUUGCCAGUGUUUCACCAACUAAAUGAAUUUGUUGUUUUUAUCGAUUUUUGCCGUUGCUGAAAUGAAAGAACUUUAUAGAUCCCGCUACAUAAUGGAGUUAGUUACCAAGCCGUAUCUCGGUUGGUUUCGUCAGUGUUUCAUCUUUUCAGUCUUGAGACGUGUUAAAUUUUCUGCAAUUGCUUUAUAUUAAGCAAAAUUUUCGUUUAUUUUGCUUUCGUUUUUGAGUGUUGCUAAAAUUCGUGUACCUGCUGAUACAGCCGUUUUUUUAUGCAUAUAUUUUUUGCUUUGUCGUUUUUAUUUUUUUACUGAGUCAAAAUGUACCGAAACAGAUGCGAUUAUCAGCGGCAUUGGACAACCCGUGAAAUAACACAGUUGACACUCCAAGUGACGUCAAACGUUAUGAAUAUCAGCUGCUCGUUCUUAUAUUUCUGGUUUUGAGCUGCCGUAUCCACGGUAAUAAACAAACUUGUCGCCACAAAAUCAUUCGGUUAUCUUCGCCGUCCUUAUUUGUGUCGCAUCUAUCACACUGCCUUGGUUUAUUUGCGAGGAAUAGAAAGCUGUAAAGGUAUAAACCUUUGAAGAUACGAAGCACAAAGCACUCGAGGUACACAUCCUAUUUUCUGAUCAUGCAUGCAGUAAAAUGUAAUUUUAAUGUGCAUUGAUUUGAAUCGGUUGCGAAACCCUGUGUGAAAUAUUAGAUUUUGAGCUGUUCUCUUUAAUUCAAGCCAUGGUGAAGUCCGUGAAAUCUGUGAUUUUCACGCCGUAACCACCUUAUCUCGAUUUUCUCUGAUGUCGGAUUGAAUACAAUGGCUUUAACGCUGUAUUUCGUGUACGAUGUUAGUUCAAUUUCAACUGGUAAAUUUUGUAUUUUUGCCGAGUUUAAAUAUCCAAUAUUGGAACCUUCUUUCGUUGUUUAUCUUGAAUUGUCAAUUGAUAACACUAAGACUAUCAUUUCUGUGUGUGUGACGAUGAUGAGGCGUUCAUUAUUGUAGUAAGUCGAUGUUGGAUGCUGCAUGCAAUAUUCAGAAUAUUGAAAAUGGCGACCCAUUUGAAUGUAAUAUCAAUCUUUUAUUGCCUUUCUGUUGACAGUUUUGUUCAAUUUUACCAGGAGAUUAACGCGAUCAAUUAUUUUCGUUAUUUUCUGGGAAAUGAGAUGUUUUACGAGCAAAACCUUUUGCUAUUUAAACGAGCAUCAUACAGCAGACAAUAUCAUUUAAUAUUUCCAUGUAGUGUCUUCACCAUCAAGCUGCUACGAGACCCUCGAGUUUUUCAGAAAGAAAAAAUGUAAAAAAUUAACCUUUAUUCAGUGGUUUGAGUGAAGCCAAUUCAAAGUAACAGCGUUGUUAACUGUUUCGACUGUUUGCCAUCGUGACCUCGUUAAAUGAUAAAGAAACAGUGAACUAAACUUUAAAACUUAGUUCGCCAUUUUAAACUGAUAUGUUUUAAACGAGAGACUAAUUAAACUAAACGCUGUGGAUUUUGUUUUGUUUCAAGUAACCGUAGUGACAGCGAUUUUAUUCAUUCAUUUAUCCUAUUUUGAAGAAACUCUGAACCGGGAAAAAUAUUGGCGUUGGUCAUAAAAGUAGUUUAGGUCAGGAGUCGGCUCCUUUUUAGGUACGUGGUGUGGCAUCAAAAUGAGGUAUAGUGUUACUACUCGUGAUCUUCUAUUCAUAGUCUGUCGAGUUGGGUUGAUCUUAAAGAAAUUAUGUCUGUCGUAAAGCGGUUAUUUCUUCAGAGAGACUUCAGAUCUAAACAAGAAUUGUUUAAAAAUGUUAGUGACAAAAUAUUUUCUACCAGCAUUUCACUUCUUGACAACUUCCUGCUUGAUUAUUUCUCUGUCUAGGUAUAAAAAUUGUAUUUGUAAAAUAUUAGAUCCAGCUGUGUCGGAAGCAUUUGUAACUGAGAAGGAAAAACUUCCGAAAAAAUUUCAUGGCCAAUAAUGCAUGAAUUAUAAACUGAAUAUUACUUUCUUAACGUUUGUUUAAAAAUUUUCUCAUUUCUCGGGAACUUGUUUUCAUGUAUUUCGUGAAAACCGCAGUCGUGAUUACUUAAAAUAUUGUUUGUGCACCCGGAAUUCACACAAAAAAAAAAACAAUGGCCGUAUUUACUGUGUGACUGAACUGACAUGGGUUAAUUUUGAAGGUAUUGCCCAGUCUUUCCUUUGAUUUCACGCCACUCAGAAUUUAUUUCCUCUCGUCAGUUGACUAGAAAAUUGUAUACUUUUAGCUGAUUGUUAAUGUUAGUUUAUUUAGCGGUCAAAUUUGAUCGUGUAAAUCAUCCGUGGGAAAUCUGUUGGAUUAGCCGGGUCAAAACCUGGUGAAGAGGACUUAGUCUCCUCAACUUGCAAAAUAAAAUUCCUUCACGCGUACAGGUAUUCCAUGUAGUGCAUCUGCUCAGCUUCGUUUUCCCUUAGCACUCCUUAGCCGCUAAUUGCACCGUGUAAUUUACAACCUUGGGUAACAAAGAAAGGUCCACAGAGAGCGAAUGUGAAGGCGGUGCCGCGAGGGAAGAGUCAUCGUUCAUACAAAGUGCGGUAAUAUUCAGGUUGACACGCGCAAGGGGUGCAAUGGCAUGCAUGGCAAGCGAUCUCCGUGAGCUAACAACUUGAAUAUGUACCCCGAAUAAGCGUGCAGACAUUUCCAGUGUGCUUGUCAAUACUGUGCUUGCAGUAUGUUUCCACGCUUUUUUCUUUUUCUUCUUGUAUUUACAUACAAAGAAUCUCCUGAUAUACCGUAAUAUCAGCAGAACCACUUUGCACAUAGUAACAAAAAGCAGAUUAUACCUGGAAUGGCCGGCGAGCAAGCUCUCCCGGGGCUCCCGGGGGGUACGGCGGUGGGAAAGGGCGCUCUGGCCUCGCCGCCAGAGCGCCCUGGGAGAGCCUGCUCGCAGGCUAUACCUGGAAGCUUUCAUUUGAACUUCACCCUAAAUGCUGAUUGAGAAACCCAAGAUAUCGGCAACUAAUCUUUGGUUAUUUGGUAACUUUAAGGUACCUGGACUGGACUCGGGCCACUCAGGAUGUAAACACUGCUCUCUCACACAACAAACCCCUCGUUUCAGUUCUGUUUGAUAAAUCUACCUGGGAACAGGAGGGACAUGAAUUGGGGUCCUUGUUAAAGGAUCACGGAGUGUGCCUGGAUUUAAGUGCUGGUUCAGGGAGUGCCCUCUCUCACCAGUACGAUCAGGGACAAGUGAGUCGGCUAAUCACUUACUGUAACGGGACUCUGUACGGCACCGGGGACAUACACCCACCGGAACCUCCCCGCACUCCGGAACACGAGGCACAGGUAAGACCGCAUCGUGAAUUUACUUCCAAGUUUAAACCCAAGUUUCAAGAUGCAAGGUGGAUUUUUUUAACAGCUACAGUUAAGACGGUUAUGACGUGGAUACUGGCGCUUCCGUUGUAAAGAAUCUUAAAGUGGCUAUGUCGCACUAUUUGUUAUCUCUUUAGAACCGUAAAACCUGUCUUUGCAUCAAUUGAAUUCCCAAAAGUAAUGGUCCAGUUUUGUUAUUUACGACUGUAUGUAAGCAUUGAAACUGUUUUUCAAAUUUUAAUGCUAUGCCUACAAAUAAAGACCCAAAAUGUUAUUAUGUUUAGUGCUGCCCGAUGAAAUUUGUUUCAGUGAUAUUUUCUUCACCACUCUACCCUUUGUGUUUAGGUAAAGGUAGUAAGUAAUGAUUGCAGCACAGAAUUUAUCUAAGUCAUAGCCGGGCCCUCUAGGCCCCAUGCUCUCAUGCCCCAGGCCCUUCUUUAUUUCUAAAACUUUCCCAAAACCCUUGAUGCAAAGUGUAUUUCUGUUUGUUUAUACGCGCCAAGUUUCUAAAGCAUUUUUGGUGAUUUAGGUAAACAACGCGAACCUGGACUCCUGUUCUGUGGAGGUGGAAACAGACGCUGUCCCCAGUAAACCGAAAACAAGUGUGGAAGCCGAUCGUAAGCCUUCAAAAACGGCAUCCGAUAAAAUAACCGAGGACGAAAAAGUCGCCGAGCAAAUCAGGCGCAUGGCCGCGAGUGCGGUAGCGGCCGCUGUCGCGGGCGCAACAGCCCAGCAGAUUUCCAAAUCAAAGCAUUCUACUCCCGCCAUAAAAGCAGCCGCUGCUGCUGCAGACGUUGCGCAGGCGGUUGCUAAUGGCAACAGUGACGGUGCCGCGCAGGCGGUUUCAAAAGUGGCAAAAAUUGUAGAGGACGAACGUCUAAGAUUGAACUCUAUUGCAUCACACAACGGCUCUGCAACCAGGCCUCCUCCCAAGAGUGCUACCUGUAUAUUACUUUAGUCUCCAGUCACCUGUUUUACAUUUACUGUGCCCAUCACCAAAGUCAAGCACUUUUGGGCGCAUUUCUCCUACGAUGUUAGGCAGCAAGUUCAAUUUGUAAAUAAGUAACCACUGGUUGAGAUACGUUGUCCAUGUAGCAAACUACUGGAGGCGAAAUUUCUCAUUUUAUCAUUGGUUUCUGAAAACUUGCUGCGGAAAAUAUCGCUAGGUGUUCGUGAAACUUGGAAGGAAAAAAUAAUAUGGCCGGAACGCAAAUUAAUGUUUAAGGUGAACACGCGGCUUAUUAAGCUUUCUAGCAACCUAGGCGUAUCGUCUUUUGAUUUUGUAGUAUAUUAAGGAGUGAUUCAUCAACACGAAAGAGGCCAGGCCUUCAUGUUUGGUACAGUGCAGCUCUAGAUGAGGCAAGAUAAAGUAAUUUCAACGUGGUUUCCUGACCGAGUGAAAAUUAGGUUGUUGAGGACAAGGAUUUGCCAAGUUCAUUACUGCGCUUUUCACAAACAUGCGAAUUCUGAAGUUCAAAAGCCAACUGACGAUUGCGUUUUUCGCGGCCGUCAAUCAUCUUAACGGACCUCUUAGGAAGCAAAACUUUACUUUAACGGGUUUAAAAGGUCAAGGUUUGUGAUUUGUGAUUGGUGGAUUUCGAUCCGUUUUGUGUGUUUCUGUGUUUCAAGGUUCGUUGCUUGUGAUCGUAAUUAUGAUUGACGGCAGCAAAAAACGCAAUUGUGAAGGCGGCUUUUGAACUUUAGAGUUCGCAUGUUUGUGAAAAGCGCAGUAAGUACAUCUGUAGGUCAUCAGACUUUCACCAAACUAUAGUAAGAUUUUAAAGGAUACACCAGAAACCGCUGGACGAAAAUUUUAAUCGUUUGGAGUUAAGACACAUUAUGAGAAAAUACCUAGAUUGUUUCCUCAUUUCCGAUAUACUUGUAACUUCAAAUAGUCCGAAUGUUUAUUAACGGCAUCAUUAGUAACGAGGAAAGCAAGUGAUUCUAAAAUGCAAUGAAUUGUUGAAUUUUGGUCAGAGAAAAAAACUCAGCGAUUAUCAGGUUCACAUGGGGUGUCACGUCAGGCCUUGACGUAUUUUCUAUCAUUGUCUUUUCAGUGUUAGGUAACGUGUGUUAGUUAACGGCAGUCGUUCCAUUAUUGGGCUAUUCAAUGCCUGGUUUACUCAUACAACGCAAAGAAAAGCACAAGCAUCAUAUGAAGAUAUGACUGUGAAUGAGCCCAACGAAAGGUAGAUCAUUGCGCCUGCGUGUGUUGCACGUGCUUUUACUUGCGUCGUAGGAGCUAUUGGGUAUUACUCUUAAUUUGUUCACGUGCGUUUACACGUGCUUAUCAAUUGUUCACUUAGUAUCAGUUGCAGGUUUCUUUUUCAGUGCGAUUGGCUGAUAAAUCUUCAGUCAGUAUCCUGUUACCCUGUUACGUUAACUUCACUUAACGACAGUCUUAAGAAAAACUUCCUUUCAAACCAAACUCGAAAUUAUAAGGUCACAGCCGAUCAGGAUCCCUUAGUUUAUACGUAAAUUUGAAUUGAUAGUGGGGUUUUUAUUAGUUGUCGAAACAGAAUUCUACUUGCACAAAACGUGUUUGUAGCGUAUUUGUCGUGGUUUAAUUUUAUCUUUGGUUCAUUUUUUAUUAACCUUGUUUCAAACUCAUUGAUACAUUUACCAUACCCAAAAACAAAAAAAGGUAAAAUUUCAACCAAGGAUUAAAUUAAACCACAACAUAUUAAAUAAUUGUAAAUAUCAAAUUUUUGCGAACAAAGUUCUACAAUAUUAUCCAGACAGAGAGAGAGAAAAAAACCUAAUAUAUUGACCUUGAAGAUAAAUUAAUAUUAAUUUAUUUUCUUUCAUAUUUGUAUUUGAUUCAUUUUUUAUUAUUUUAAAUUGAGCACUUCCACCCAAGUGAUUAUAUUUCUACUGACGUAAAGCUAGAAAAUCCAGUCGCAAAGUUCUAGAAAAUCAGUUUAAUUUCUGUACUCUUAGUUCUCGUGCCCUUUCUGUUUUGUUUUGUUUUGUUUAUCAAAGCGAUGUAAGAACGUUUUGUACAUCUUCUCUGUACCAGAAUUCUAGUCAAUAAAUCAUACUGUGUUUAAGCGUUACGUUUGAACUAAAUAUGCCAAGUAUAAUAAAAAAUCCAGCUCCC